UCACUGCCAGCAGCUGUUGCUUUCUCACAACGCCCCGCCCCCUCCAGUGAGGCCCCGCCCACCAGAGUCAGGCUGUCCUGGCAGCAGCUGAGCGUCUCAGAGUGCGCCCGACUCAGAAGACUUCACGGAGGGACGCUGGACCAGGGAGACGAGGGGGUGGAGCUCCGCGUGACGCCAGGGAUGGUAGCCAACAGGCGGCUGGUGCUGGGCGCCCUGACCGUCGCCUCCCUGCUUUGCGUCUACGUCCUGGCGGGGAACGUCCACACGCUGUCCUGGUCCGUGGAGCCGCUCAAGCGCUUGGCACAGGCGAGCCAAUGGGGGGACUUGGCCCCCUCGCCGUCCCCUACGUCCCCGCACGGGCACGCCCAUAACACGAGCACGCCAUCGGCGCACACGUACUCACUCGCCGACCAGAGAGUGUCAAACGUUUCCGAUACGGACAAAGUGGACGCAACGUCAAGAACCGGGCGUCUCUCUCGCCAGGAGGCCACACCCACCUCCGACCCCUUCAUUGGUGACGCUUACAUGAGCGAGGACGUCCCGCCGCUAACUGACUGCCCGGACGCCAUCCGAGGCCGGGUGACAAAGACGCAAUUCGACAGACGUUUCCUGAAGAAUAUUCCGGUGCUGCAGUGGUCCAAGGACGCCACGCCGGAUGAGCACCGCCGCCUCAGCAGAUACGCCGGAGCGCACGGCUGGGGGGGCGUGACCUUUCAGGAGCUAGCGGACAUGCUAGCGGUGCUCAACUCGUCCGCCAACUGGAUCAUGUUGGACGACUGGAAGCAACGCGGCGCGGCGUCCCGGUGCAGCCGCUGCGCCGUGGUCGGGAACGGCGGGAUCCUGAAGGACUCAAAGAAAGGGAAGGAGAUCGACGAUCACCACUACGUCUUCAGGACGAACGGCGCCAUCAUCGAGGGCUUCGAGGAGGACGUGGGCACCCGCACCACCCACUACACCUUCUCCACCAACACGCUUAUGAACUCCAUGAGGAACUACGCCACCCUCGGGUACCAAGGGCCGCCCCGGUCUCAGGAGACGCGGUACGUCUUCCUGCCAGAUCACGACCGCGAUUACCUGCUGAUGAAGGCGGCUGCCCUGGGGGUCACGGUGCAGCGUGGGCCAGAGCGCGGCGUAGACCCGUCAAGGUACUUUGGGAAGGACGUGUCGGCAAACAAGCUGAAGAUGUACCAUCCCGAUUUCAUCCGCUACCUCAGGAACAGGUUCCUUCCAUCCAACACCCUCAGGAGCAAAUACAAGAACAUGUACCGCCCCUCCACUGGCGCCGUCAUGCUGCUGGCGGCGCUGCACACCUGCGACCAGGUGAGCGCGUACGGCUUCAUGACGCCCGACUACCAGAAGUACUCGGACCACUACUACGACAAGCGCUACCACCCGGUGGGCUUCUACAUCAACCACGACCUGCGUCUGGAGAUGCUUCUGUGGCAGCAGCUCCACGCCGCCGGCCUCAUCCAGCUCUACACGCGCUCCUGACGUCUUCGCCGUCCAACCACUUUCAUCAAACGCCUGGCUGGCCUGCAGUUAAGCUAGUUGGACUUAGUCGCCACGGUAACGGCCUAUUGCACUUCCACUGUCAGCGCCGCCAUCUUAAAUAUUUUUUUUUUUUACAUGUACUCCAAGUGAACCACUGCCCUCCUUUUUGUUUGCACAUUGCCAUGGCAACCGGCAAGCCACACAAGCAGUGUGGUGUCUUGUUGCUAGGAUGCCACUAGCCUAAAAUGCAUUUCAUUGACAAAGUGCCUUUUAAAUGUGAAUAAAAAGCAAACAGGAAACUUUAA